GGUUGCAACAGUUUUUUGUGGAGAGGGCAGAGGCGUUGUGAUGGACGAGGAAGAGUUCGCGCAUUAUGCAGAGGUCCUGCUGUCGAUGAAGGAAUACGAAGGGUUCGUGUGGCGUGAAGGAUUUCGGAAGAAGCAGCACUUGAAGCGCCUAAACGAGAAGCAUGCGCGGCGUCUCCCGGCGUUCACGGUCAAGGACAGCAUUCCUGCCAUGCUGCGAUAUGCGAAGACGAACCAAGAGUUCUGGGACCAAGUGUGCGCGAUGCAGGCGAACUUUGGGCCGGAAGUGGACCUGCCGAGCCACAUCAACCUCAAGCAGCCGAUGAAGACCCCGUACCGCCAUUACUCGAAGCUCAAAAGCACACUGCAUCAACUCGUGCGCGACUGGGCAGUCGAGGGCGCGGAAGAGCGAGAGCGAUGCUACCAACCCAUCGUAGACGAGUUGAAGCGUGUGUUGCCUGUGGGUCCUGACAACCGGAACCAGCAAAAAGUGCUUGUACCGGGAGCAGGGUUGGGCCGGUUGGCGCUGGAGAUUGUGUCGGCAGGAUACGCCACCCAAGGCAACGAGUUUUCGUACCAAAUGCUCUUUACGAGUAAUUUUAUCCUCAACUGUGCCCGGCAACCUGAUGCAUAUACCGUCCACCCUUGGAUUGAUAAUCCGUCAAAUGUCAUGUCUUUUGAUGACUUUGGACGCGCUGUAUCCAUUCCUGAUGUUUCCCCCGACUCUCUUCUUGCCUUGACAUCGUCGUCGUCUCCUGGAGGAGCAGAACCAAACUUCUCCAUGUGCGCUGGUGAAUUCCUCGAAGUCUAUGCCGAUGAACGAGAAACUUGGGAUUGCAUUGUCACGUGCUUCUUCAUUGACGCCGCGCCCAACGUCAUCGAGUUCAUUGAAGCGUUUGAGCGGUUGUUAAAGCCAGGUAAAACACUAGAUUUCGCCAAUAUUACUCAUCUCUCCAAUAUAUAUAUAUAUAUUUCAAAUGAAUCCUAUUUAUAGGUGGAGUAUGGAUCAACUUGGGGCCAUUACUGUACCAUUGGCAAAAUGGCAGCGGCGCCGACGACGACCGAUACGAUCAGUCGAUCGAGCUCUCGUACGAAGAAAUCAAGCAUGUGGCCGAGGGGUAUAACUUUAAGUUUACGGUACAGUGUAUAGUGUACAUAGUAACGUGUAUCGUCUAAACGAUGGUGUGGAGUAGAGGGAAGAACGAAAGGAGUGCCUGUACACGUGCAACCCGACGUCGAUGCUUCGGUCGGUGUACAACUGCAUCAUGUUUACAGCGAUCAAAGGCACGCCGUUGGAACCGUGCAGCCCAUCGACGAAGGCGCCAUCGUCGAAGAAGUAGUAGUUGGACGAUGCCGCUAGAGAAUGAAAAAUGGAUCGUUGAGAAUAAAGUUAGGCAUUGCGCGUGAUGGAAAACGAGUUUGCAAACGGAUUCCAUCCACAUGGUGGGUCAUCGUGCGGGUGAGGCGAGUCUUGAAGGAAGAAUUGAGACGAUAGUCGCGUAAUGUUGGCUCGGUGUGGGGUUGGCGGCUGCGGGGACUUGACCUGUGUCGAUGCCGUCACGUGUUCUUCCAAGUCGGCGUCGAUCAGCGCGUUGAAGUCCAGGAUACUUUGAUGGAAUGAUGGAAUCACAGCGUCCGCUGACCGAUCACGCAACGAGCGCAUGGGAAGGGGGGAAGUACUAGGAGAUCCUCGAAGUUGUCGGAGCUUUCGCAAGGCAGGCCGCAACGUCUGAGACGGCUUUAGCAUGACUUUCGUUCCCUCCCCUGGUGAUCUGCGCUCAGCUGCCAGUCCCCCUACCAGCCACUUGUUGCUGCCUGGGGAGUCAGCAUGUCCAUCUACGCUCGUUGUCGAUUCGCCCGCGAAUGCCAUCGCUUCUCACCUUGUUCAAAUUCAAAACUGCCGAAAGAUCGAAAGCGUUUCGAAAUUUGAUAUCUUCC